AUGCCGAUCAAGGAGGCAGGGAAGACAAGUGUUUUAUCACGUUACUGGAGGUUCCAAUGGUCUAUGCUUCCCUCCCUUGAGUUUGAUCUUGGCAAUGACAGAGAUGACCCCUACGAUGUGGAUCACGUUCUCUUACUUCACAAUGCUCCCAUACACUCUUGCAAGUUCAAUGCAGAAAAGGUUUUUAUUGAAAGAUAUGAUUUUGACCGAUGGAUUCUUCAUCUAUCAAGAAACCCUAUCAAACGGUUCAUACUGAAUUGUUAUACGCGUGAAGAUGGUAGGAAACCUUACGAUGUGUCUUCCUCUUUGUUUUCUUGUCAAGAUUUGACUCAUUUAGAGUUGAGCGAUUGUUGUCUAAGACUCCCGGGGACAUUCAAAGGCUUCAGAAUGUUGAAGAGCCUUGCUGUUAAGAGAGUUACCGUGCUCCAACCUGAUUUGGAAAAACUGAUUGCAUCUAGUCCUUUGCUUGAGAGAUUAACUCUCUGUUAUUUGAAGGACAUAACCGGUCUGAAAAUUGACGCACCCAAUCUCCAAUUCCUCAAACUUCAAGGAAAUUUGCAAUAUUAUGUUGAACCAAAGAAUACCUUAAACCUUGUUCAUGUUUCACUUGAGCCAAAACGGGCUUAUGGGAAGUGGCACAGAUUGCUCACAAGCACAUCUUCUAUAAGAGAACUAGAAAUUUCGCUUCGCUCUUUGGUUACCCAAGAAAAUGAGGAGGCAACCUCUUGGGAUUUCCCCAAACUGCAACGUGUGAAAGUAACCUGCUUCUCUUGUGCCAAGUCUGAAGUAGACUUCAUUAAACUUCUGUUUUUAAGCUGCCCUGCUCUCCAAGAACUAGAAGUACUUCCAGUUCAGCCAAAAAAACAGGUACGAUUAAGGAGAGAAGAAAACUAUCAUUUGUCAUACAGUACCCAACUGCGACUAUUGCAAGUGACCGGCUUAUGUGGUGAUAACUUAGAAAUAGAACUCAUCAAGUUUCUGCUAUUAAGCUCCCCUGCACUUCAAGAAUUACACAUUUUGUUUAGGAAUGAGAGAAGCAGCAGGAGGAUCCGAAGAUUAGAUGAUGAUGAUGAUGCUUUGGGAGACCGAGAUUGCACGUUCAAUCAAAUGCGAUUUAUGAACAUUAGGGGCUUUUCUCAUGCCGAUGAUGAAGUAGGUUUCAUCAAAUUUUUGCUUAGCCGUUCACCCAUGCUUCAGCAUUUAACUCUUCAACCUCAGUCUGCCAAAGUUUCUUGGGAAGUAAGCAAGUUGUUGAACGAGAUCAAGUGCAACUUAGAGUUGUUGGACCCAUUAAAUCCGUCUGAUGACUACUCCUCCCGAGCUGCUGCUAGAUCUAGAUCCCCAGAUUAUUCUGGCUACGAUUCCUACGAUCUAUAUCUAUAUAGAACUAGAAGAGAGAGAAGAUAUAGGUCCCCCACCCCAUUUUCCGACUCAGACUCGGACUAUUAUUGA